UUUUUAUUGAUAGACUAUCCAGACACUCUAUAGAUUCGCAUAAAUAGAUCUACUAGAUUCUAAUAGAUAUUAGUAAUUAGACUGAAAAUGAGUGACAAAAGAUUGCUUAUUAGCCUUAAUGAACCAGAAGAUCCAGAUCUAUCAUUACAGGAUGUUAAAACUAAAGCUUAUUCAGCACAAAGACAACGAUUUAACAAAUGGCGAGUAGCAUCGAUUGUUGUAACAAUGAUUACAAUCGUAACAUUCGCACUGCUUUGCACGUACUGGACCAUUAGACCUUCAUCUAGAUCUAUUCAUCUUUACGGAACAAUCGGAUGUUUGCAGUUUUUUGAUGUUGAUAAUGAUGCCAGUAAAAUUAGAUGGGAACGAGACGUCAACAGUAAACAAGAGAUAAAGAAUGCAAUGAAAAAUGAUAAAGUGCAGAUGAUAUCUGGUGACGUUGUAUUGAAGCAUCAGCCGAUGGAAUCAAAAACACAAAUUCCAAUGAUGGGAAAACUUACAUCCAAUAACAGCGACAUCACAUUGAAAGAGUGGCUGCUAGAAGUGAGUAAUGGAAAGAAAGGAAUCCGACUUCACAUUCAUUCUCCUGAUGCACUGGAGGUCUCUUUUCAACUUUUAAGAGAUUUUAAUGUAGAGAAGCCAAUAACAUUUCCAGUCUGGGUUCACGCUGAUGUUUUACAGGGACCUUUUGGAGAAAAGCCUUCUGUUGAUAUGACAGAUUUUAUUACAUUGCAAAAAAAAAUCUUUCCCAGCUGUACAUUGUCAUUUGGCUGGACUACUGGAAGUCACACUGACCUAAGUCAAAGUGCCUACUCUUGGGACACAGUCUGGGAUAUGCUCAACUUAAUCCAAGAUGGAAACAUCCAAGAUGAAAUUAUUUUUCAGGUUCGACUGUCACUUGUUCACAAUUCAGUUCCACAACUAAAAUGGCUGAUUGAUAAUGUCAAGUCCUCAAGCCUGAUGGUCUGGCAUGAAGAAGGAGAUUCUGUUGUGACUGAAGACAUCAUGUACAUAUCCUACAAGUUCCCACCCAAUACAGUAUAUUUCAAUCUCAACCAUGACCGGUUUCAGCUGUUAUUGGAUAAUUAUAGACAUUUCUCAAAAGACAAAGUUGAUCCCCAUGUGAUGAUUAAAGACCAACGUGCCUUUAAGCAUGAAGACUGGUGGAAAAUGGGAUUUCAUAGGCAAAAAAAUUCAGUCCUCCCUAGUACAGUAUGUAUCAUUCUUACAACUCCGUUAGUUUACUUGACAUCAAAGUCCAAGUAUUUGUCCUCCUCUGAUGUAAGUAUUCAGGGCAGGAUCACAUUUUUUAAUAGAGAUAAUAGAGAAGCUGAAAGUCAUGUCACAGGACUCAAUAUUUAUAUCAGACCCUUACAAUAUGACAGAUUUGAUAAUAUCACAGGCAUUCGUUGCUUCAUUGGCUUUGGAGGUGAGAUAGAAGUUGCAGGUGUCAACUUGCCAGAUAGCAUUGAAAACUUUGGAAAAGCUGCGAGAGUUACCCCAACCCACACAAACUGCUAUCGUUUUAAAAUUGUUGACGAAGGAACACAAAUCUUGUUCUGGGUGACUUCCCUCCACGAUUGUACAACUUUAGAAAGUGUGUCAGAUCCCGACUCCUUGACCCCUCUGUUAACUGUUCCCAUUCCUACAACUUUGUUAAGCAGAGAGCCACAUCCCUUUGUAAUAAAAAUGGAAGAUGUCAAACGGCAGGUUCUUAUAGAUGAGUUGAGAAUCAAGCAAUCAUAACUCAUUUUAUAUUUUUAAGACCAUGUGCCUUAUAAUUCUAUCACUGCUUGCUUCUACAAUUUCUUCAUAUCAAAGAGUGUAUGCUUGGCAUUUCUAUUGUAAUAUUUGUACAAAACACUGUGAAAAAUUUAUAGUAAAAUACUGUUUUUUUUGAGGGGGUGUUUUUCGCUUCAGAUUUUUAAAAAAAAUGUAAAGCAACUGAAGUUCAUUCCACUUGUAAACUUCAUUUAACUUGUUGAUUUUAGUCUGUCUCAGUGGCACCAAAGCCAGAGAGGACCCACAUCUUUCCAGUUAGAUUCAUUCUUUCCUAAGCUCAUGUUGUAGGUUUGUCUCUACAUCAGCUCUCUUACUCAAAGGUCUGCCUUUGUGUUGUCAACUCGUUGAGUUUUCUCUGUACACUUUUCUCUCUUUUGCAAUCCAUUCUUUUUCUUUGACGAAUCUCAGCAGACAAAGAUUAGUACACAUGACAGUUAAUAUAGAUGUUGUGCCUCCUAUUGACAUAAAUAAUUGGUGUCUACAUUUUUUAAAUAGAUUUGACAAUUUAAGAUUGGUCAUAACCAUAUGCACUAGAUAUCCUGCUUGGGCAUACUGGAAAGGAACUUGGAUGUACAUGAGAUAGAUACAAACUAGAAGGGCCAUUCCAUACCACAACACAAACUGUCUAAAAUUAUUUAAGAGCAUGUUGUAUUUUUUACGUCUCAAUUUUCAAAUGUAUUUUAAUACUCCCAUCAUUAUUGUACCAUUUACAAGGUCCAGUACUACUUGGAUUUACACCAAAACUUUAUUUUUGAAACUCCAGUUUUCAAAACAGUCAAGACUAAUUUCUUUAGGGGCAAUGUUAAUUCACUUUUAUGCUUUUCGUUGAAAUUAUAAAGUAAUAUUACAUUUUGUCAGGACUGUUAAGGAGUAAAUGAACUUAUUCUAGUUCAUUCUAUUUGAAGAAAUUCUUAUUUAUGGUGUUUUUUUUUU